UCCAACUUGUGAGUUAUUCCAUACCAUUCGUGCCUUUUUUUUUCUUUGUUGGAGGACCAAUACUCAUACCUCAAUCGCGCUUUAGACCCCGUGCCAUACCUUGAUAUAUUAGGCAUGUCGGAGGGAUACAUUUUGAUCAUUACCUCCUCUCUCCCCACCCUCGGGCCACUAUUCCGGGCCGCGAAGGGAAAGUUAACCACCCGUGAAAUUACUACGAACCAUUCAGGCGCCAACAUAGGCUCGGAUAGCCGCCACAGCUUACACAACAGCUACGGCCGUUCAAAGGAGCCGAUGCUCUCCGAUGAGUUCCAUAGAUCAAUCAGUGGGGGCAACUCGUCUAGCGUUGACGACAUCCCCUUGGUCACGAACCCUAAAGCAAUGUAUCCUGGGCCAGGGGAACGCGGUAUUCAGAAAACGGUGGAUAUCUCGAUGAUUUCGGAAGUGGUCGAGCCAGAUUCUCGACCGCAACGGCAUGGCGCUCGGAUAUUUUAAAAAAUGCGGCCAUACUUAUGUAUUAGGUUUCUGAUAACUAUUCAGAUUUUUGAAAAAAAAAAUAUAGGAUACACGAAUGAAAAAAAGCUGUUCUCACCAUGGCCUGCCCCGUGAUUAAGAGGUCUUGCGCCGGGUGAUAGAAAGUGUACAGCAGUAGCUGAAAAGCUAAAUAGAGGCUAGGGGUUAGGUUAUAUUGGGAAUGAUAACUGUUGACACUUUUUAU